AUGGCAACCAGACACCACCACACAACCAACGGAGGCAUUGGCAACCGUCGGGCUGGACGCAACGCCGGGUUCCAGGAAAAGAUGCGCCAGAUGCGUCUGCCUUUGGUCCCUCUCGUCCAGAUGUCGACGGGAGCUAUCCACCCAGAAUUUCCCGCGACACUGCUCAACUUCUGGCUCUUGACUGAGGCCCAGUUGGACGACCUUGCCCGCUUCUACCACCAGAAGACUCCCUCGCCCUGGUCGGCAUCGUACCCUUGUCCCAUCACAUGGAAGUCCGGUCUCACGCUUGAGGAGAAGAGAAGAAAGAUUGGAAAGUUCAUCGGUCUUAGAGGCUGCGAUACGCCAAUUCGCAUACGCAUCAAGACUGAGGAGCAAAUCAUGGAGGAGGCGCGGCAGGCGAGAUUAGCAGAGGAUGAUGAGGCUAUGAGGAGAAAGAUGCCGUGGUACUCAUAG